AUGCGUUUCUUGAUCUUGGUUUUCCUCUUCACAGGUUUUUGCGUGGCAUUUUGCCCAAAAAACUCAGUGAACAACUCACAAGGGGAUGGCUGUUUUUCCGUGCUCGAACUAGCGACAACGUAUGCACGAGCGGAGGAGUACUGCGAGAGUAUCAACUCUUUCGCAGCCUCUGUCCACAACGCUUUCGACAAUCAAAUCCUUCUUGAUCGAGCUCGAUAUGUUCUCGGGGCCCAACUCCCAAGUGCGGACGCUUUCUGGCUUGGUGGCUACUACGAUGGAUCGACGAUUCGUUGGGCUGACGGAUCACCAGCGGACUACACAAAUUUUAUGACCGGUGUCAACGGUUCUGGGAAUAUCGUCGCUCAGCUUCAGGACGGGAAAUGGCGAGUCGCAGCGUGGAAUGAGCAAAAGCCAUUAGCGUGUGUCGGAAAAUAUGAGAGUGUUCAAUGCGAUGCUCCAUGUGAUACAGAAUGGUUCUACGCGAAACAGCUUAAAGCCUGUUACAAGGUUGUGGGCAGCACAAACGGGAUGACGUGGAACGAGGCGGACACGGCUUGUCGGAGUGCUGGCGGGAUUCUCACCUCGAUCACCUCGGACGAAGAGAAUCGAAUAGUGAAUGAGAUCGCCACCACCAACAUGAAACUCGGGAAAGUGGAGUGGCAAACGUGGACAGGUGGAGUGAGGACGGGCCCGAAUCCGCAGGAUUGGCGUUGGAUUGAUGGAGCACCAUUCAAUUUCACCACGUGGGCCCUUGGUCAACCAGACGAUGGUAAAGGGAUUCAGAAUUGUCUCCAGGUCUACACAUCGGUUUUCUCAGGUGAGUUCAAGAAUGACGCGGACUAUUUGACGAAAUGGGACGAUCUUCAAUGUGAUGCGAAUUCCCUGAAUGGAGUGUGCAAGAAAGUGGCGAAAUAU